UUUGGGUCACAGUCACAGUCAGAAGACAACUUUCACUCUCUCUCUUCCUUCGAGAUCUCCAGAGUCAGGUAUCCAGUAAUCAUGAAGUUGCAAUGGCAGAUCGUUUUUGGCCUGAUGCUCGUCUUCGCUGUGCUGGCAUCGAUGGCUGUGGCCCAGCCAUCCUCCCUGGAGGCGGAUGAGGUGGAGGACUCCGGAUCGGAUGAGUCUCUGGUUGGAGAUCCCGAAUCGGAUGAGUCGCAGACUGCUGAGGAGGCCAAUGUCCAGCAGGAUUAUAUCAAUGUGGCGGAUUAUACCCGUCCACCGCCUCCGUGGUGGUUCUAAACUUGUUAAAACUUGUUAAAAAUUUACCAUAGUCAAUUGAGGUUAAACAGAGCUCUUAAUUAAAACUGGAAAAUGCUAAAGAUUAUUUAGCAUUUUGGUGAAGUUUCAGCAUAUUAAUAUCCUAAUUAAAUACCAGUACAAUAAAUAUGUUCCACCUAGAUUUUGGA